AAAACAACUGUUUUAGAUUAUAAUAAAAAUGUAACAAGUUGUCAACAUAUAUUUUAUCAUUGAUAUCGUACUGAUAAUGUUAUAAGUGGACAGAAUACGCUAUGGUGCCCUCUAGUGAAUACGUGUGCUUGUGCUAAAGUGAAUUAAAAAAAAAUAGUUUAAAAAUGGCGCGAAAAUCUUCAACAUGGAUGACACCGUUCAAAAAGCAGUGUUUCGUGACGAUAGGAGUAUGCCUCAACAUGGCUGCCCACGGCCUGGUCAUGGGGUUUAACGCCAUCCUGCUGCCACAGCUCAGGAAACCAGACUCCAUCAUACCUAUCGAUGACUCCUCAGGAUCUUGGAUUGCUUCAAUCAUUGGCUUCGCCCUGGUAGCUGGUAACUUCAUCGUGCCUCCAAUCAUGGCCAACUAUGGUCGCCGUACCGCCAAUCUCUUCAGCGUGGCUCCCCUCAUCAUUGGCUGGUUCUCCAUCAUCAUGGCCAAGAGCGUUCCUGUCCUUCUAGUUGCAAGAUUCCUCCAAGGGAUUUCCAUGGGCAUGAGCGCUUCUCUAGGCCCUGUCCUAAUUGGAGAGUACACAAGUCCUCACAACAGAGGAGCUUUUCUGACAAUGAUAUCCCUCUGCAUAGCAACGGGAGUGCUGACUGUACAUACUAUGGGUUCCUACCUACACUGGCAGACGACUGCCUUAGUGUGCGCGUGUAUUGCGUUUGUUGAUCUCCUAAUAAUAAUUUACUCUCCCGAGUCCCCAAGUUGGCUCGCAGACCAAGGUAGAUACGAUGAAUGCAAGAAAGUCUUCCGCUGGCUAAGAAAUGAAGAUGAAGAAGAAGAAUUGCAGAAGAUGAUUGAAGCCAGUAUUGUAGUGAGAGAGUCUAAAGCUGAUGCCAACAUAUCACAGUCAUUUGGCAAGAAAAUCAAAAGUGGUAUAGUCUACUUCAACGCUACGAUUAAGAAGAAGGAAUUCUACAAACCUAUUUUUAUUAUGAUGCAUAUUUAUACUUUAGGACAAUGGGCGGGAGCUAAUAUAUUAGCUGCGUACACUAUAGAUAUUUUCAAUCACGUUAUUGGCAGUGAUGUGAACAUAGCUCUCUUAGUCAUCACUCUAGAUGCUCAAAGAAUAUUCUCGAAUGCUAUAGCAGUAUUAGUUAUAAAGAAGAUUAAUAGACGAACGAUGUUGUUCGGUACAGUUAUUAUUAACUUAAUUGCGUUCUUGUUGACUGCAGCAUACACUUAUUUUAAAGGUCAGGGCAUGUUACCUGAGUACCUGGAGAAUCCUAUGGUUGGUGUGGCGUUGGUCCACCUUCACAUGUUCACGAUCGCGACUGGAACAGUUCCAUUGCCUUUCAUCAUAGCUGGUGAAGUGUUCCCUCUAGAGUACAGAAGCUUGGCGGGUGGUAUCAGCGUAUUGUUCCUUUCCACAAAUCUCUUCAUAACUGUUAAGACAGUGCCUUUCUUCUUCGGUACUUUAGGCAUCCAUGGAGCUUAUUGCAUCUACGCAGCUGUAGUAGGAUACUGUCUAGUCAUAGCUUACUUCUUCCUGCCUGAAACGAAGGACAGGACUCUACAGGAUAUUGAAGAUGAGUUCAGAGGUAGACCUUUGUCUCCUGAAGAGUUGAAAUCCACUCAAUCGUUGACCUCGUGGCAGUUACAUAAGCAGGACAGGAGAUGUAGUAGUCCUGUAGUUUGAUUAAAUAUAUAAGUGAUACAUUAUGUGAUACAUAGAAAUUCAUCAAUGGAGGACAUUUACUACAGUAUUGUUAACAUAUAAUUCUUAGUAAGGAGGUAUGCGAACAAAUAAAUGUAAAAUAUGAAACGGUUUUGUAAAUAGCGUUCGUUGAGGUAGUUGUAAACUAAUUUAUUGAAAAAAGAUAUUAUAGUUAAGUUUACACCAUAAUAGAAUAUGUUGUUAUAA